CAAGAAAAACAAUAAACCUUUCUUCAAAUUAUUCUUCUUUUCUGUUUUUCUAACAGUUGUUUAGAGAGGAAAUGGCUACUCAUCAAGCCUCCUUCUUGGGAAUGUUAUUCUUAAUUUUGCUUUUCACUUCAGGGCCAGCACCUGCACAGGGACUGGGACCAGAAAUUUGCUUGGGACUUUGUAAAAAUGCACAACCAGAUUGCCAUACCUUUUGUGUUUCGAGAGGAUUUCCUAAGGGAGGUGCUUGUCUGAAGUUGGGAGAAUCUGAAUUUAUUUGUUGUUGUAAUAAUUGGACCACCGAUUGAUCUAAAUUAUGAAACAAAACAAAAUAAUUUUCUCUAUUUGAUAGUUUCUUCUCUUUCUCACUUUAUAUAUUAAUAUUUUUGGAGUUUUUUGUAUAUUAGUUUUCUUAUUUUAUUCAUGAAUUGUUUUUUCUAUUAUUUUAUUAAGUUUUUGUUUAAUCUGUAUUUUUAAACUAUAGAUACAUAUUAAAGAUACAUUAAUUAU